AAUGUUUUGUUUUUGUUUUUCGUGUGAACUCGUUUCUACAACUCUCUUGAUUAUCAGUGAAAGUGCAUCCUGAAGGUUGAACAUAAUUCGCUGGAACAGACUGGUUUUCAAUCAGUUAAGUUUCCAGAGUACAACACAGAAGAAAUAUUAACAGAAAAGCCUGAAUGUAAUGGUGGAAGAAGAAGUGGAACAAGAAAUCCUCGGUGAAUGGAACUCGAUCGCUGAAGAUUCAGAGGCGAUCGCAGCGUUGACUCGUCGAACGAGGAAUCUUCUUCGCGGUUUUAAAGAUGCGAAACACUUGCAACGUUUUUUGGAAAAGCUAUACAGUUCUGUAGCUUUUUCGAAGUUGGUGAAUCUUCUUAAGAUAACACGGAAUAAUCAAACCCGGGGUGAUAUACUUUACAUUGCCCAAUCUAUCUUUGAAGCACAAUCUGCUAACAAAAAAGAUGCUCCUUUUUCGAGUGUGGUGAGCCCUACGUUACUUCUAUGGCCUGUACUAAUCGAACUGGCUUUCGAGUUGGAGAUUGUUGUACUAACAGAACAACGCUUUCUAGCGUUGGACAUACUCAAUCACAUUUUUAAGAAUAAGACGAAUACAUUGACCGUUUGCCAAACGGUCGAGGCAAACCGACUCGUCCUCGAUGUGCUCAAGUUGCUCGAGUCAAAGGAAGGAAACCGGAAACUUACACUGAAGCAGCACAAGUGUGCUGCUUCCAUUUUAUCGAGCCUUGCGCGACAUAAAGAAGGACGCCAAGUAAUAAUUGAAGCCAAAGUCGUAGAGCGCUUGCACGCGUUCUUGCUGGCGUUACCAAAUGAAAAAGCUCGCGAUACCCUCAUCCACAAAAUCGGGCAGACUAUUCUUAGAUGUGUUCCACUUCAUGAUCUGCCUGUAACUAACGGCACACAUUCUGCCUUCCGUUACCUGCCAUUUGAAUCCAUCUCUUCCGGAUCUUUAGGUAAUGGCGCGACGUCCGACUCGAGUGAAGAAAGUGAGGAAGAGGAAGAAAUAGGAGACGGUUCACUUCCUGGUUCUCGUAACUGGUCGUUUUGUAGUGGGACAAAAAAGAAGUCAAAGAAAUUCUCACCGCCGACUAAUCCGUACCGAAGUGCCGAAGAACUAGAGCAAUACCGACGACAUUUCGAUCUGAAAUCCGAUCAAUAUGAGGAAGACGAACUUAGAAACAUAUCUAAGAUUGUACCACCAAAUUUGAAUCGCCAGCAAAUUUAUGAAUUUUUUGCGCGUCGAACGAAAUCCAUCCAUGGGUUUCGUCUUAUUCCUUGUCCGGAUUGGAGCAAUUCGAGUGGCAGCUCAGGUAGAGAGCCCUUCUAUAUCAAAGACCGCAACGUCUGCAGGAGUAAACUGUUCAAAUCAUUGAAUAUGGUUUUAAAUCCAAAUUCGUAUCGACCAGAAGUCGUUUACGACCUUGACUCUUUGUUAUUGGAUGCAGAACAGACUCAAUCUAUCCGCAUGGAAGAUUUUGAAGCCGCAUCAAAACAUCGCAUUAGUCAACCCAAUGCUCCACUGGAAUUCGAAUCACGCUUCGAAAGCGGCAAUCUACGUCGUGCUAUCAGGAUUGGAAGCCAUGAAUACGAUUUAAUACUGAAUGCCGACGUCAACUCGUUUGGUCGUCAACAAUGGUUUUACUUUCGUAUUUCUGGCGAAGGAGUGUGUUCAUCAAAAUCUUACACUUUCAACGUAAUUAAUUUGGAGAAGCAGCGAACGCUCUUUCAUCAAGGCAUGCAACCCUUGAUGUUCUCUGUGAAACGGUAUAUGGUAACACGUACCCAGCCGGUUUGGGAGCGCAGUGGCACGUCCAUGUGUUAUUACCGCAACGGCUUCCGACAAUCAAAUGCCGAACAAACAUCUUACUGGAGUCUUUCCUUCACUGUGACCGUUCCGUACGACAAUGACGUUUUGUACAUUGCUUAUCACUAUCCGUAUACUUACAGCCAAUUAAUGACAGAUGUAGUUACCUGGUUAAGGACACCAUUUCCUAUCGGAUAUCCAUCCUAUAGCAUGGAUCGGUUACGAAUAUCGACUCUUUGCCGAUCCCCUUGUGGAAAUCCAGUUCCAUUGUUACUCAUCGAUUAUGAUGGAGAUGCGAAGUCCUGUUGCGUUUUUAUGUCUCGAGUCCAUCCUUGCGAAUCGAAUUCUUCCUGGUCCAUGAGGGGCCUUGUCGUCACCGCUCUUCAGGAUAUGACACAGUCUGAUGAAAGGCAUCAUCCACUUUUUAUUCUGCCAAUGUUGAAUGUCGACGGGACGGUGCAUGGAUGUAGCCGGACCGAACUAAGUAACGAGGAUUUAAACCGUCGUUGGCUAACGCCAAAUUUGCAUCACCAUCCAACCAUUUAUCACGCCAAGGGUUUACUCGAGUUCAUAUGUCGGAUACUGGAUGCAAAACCGGCCGUUUUGUGUGAUAUGCACGGUCAUUCCCGUCGCUUCAACGCCUUUGUGUACGGAUGUAAAGGCUCGCAGAGUUGGUGUCCAGACGAUUGGUCACAGAAAGAUGCUCAAGGUGACCAUCCUACCAUGAAAAAAUUGAAAGACGAAAAUGGUGAUGAUGACGACACUACCUCCUUACCGUUUUUCGUGCAAUUAAUGCAAGCCCAAUCGCCGCUAUUCGACACAAACCAGUGUUGUUUUGAAGUCGAAAAGAAUCGCGAAACUACUGCCAGGAUAGUGGGAUGGCGGCAUCUAGGCAUCAAGAAUAUCUACACUCUGGAGUGCAGUCUGGCUGGAUCUAACCAACUCCCUCUACAGGGCCUUCAACACUUCAAUACAGCCAGCUACUUUCAAGUGGGAAAGGCUUUAAUGAAAGUAACUAGACGAAUGUGCUGACUGUGAACUGGCAUUUAUAGCAGCGACCUUAAAUUGGGAAUUCUAUUUCGUAGAUUUAUAAGGUAAACAUGUUGUUGUCAUUACUUAGAGACAUGCCCUUCACAAGACAAUUGCAAACAUGUAGAUCUUGUUUGUUAAAUGUUUUACUAAUUUAUAUACAUGUGCAGUAUAUACAUGAAUUGAAUAUAGAUCGAUCGACUGAA